GAGAGAGAGAGGAGGGGAAUGAAACUGAUUACGCCAAGAAGAUUUACCAGCAAAUGCGGCCGUGAGAAAGUAGAGAUGGGAUUUGACAGCAGAUACUGAGGUUGAGACGCGUCAUCUCUCUCUAUAUAUUGCAACUUCCCUCAUCCACACUUCAUCGUCCCACUUCUUCUCAGCUCACUCGCUUCCUUCUCGUUCCCUACUAUCGCUCACUGUUUGUUUCUAUUCGAUAAAAUGACCGAAAACAAUGCUGUUAAGUACUACUCUCAAGCUGUGUUCACUCCCAUGGAAGUCUCCAUAGAGCUUAGCCAGAAUGAAAACGAAUGCUUCGAAAGCUUCGAUGACGACGGCCGCUUAAAGCGAAAAGGAACGAUGUGGACGGCGAGUGCUCACAUAAUCACCGCAGUGAUAGGCUCCGGUGUGCUUUCUCUGGCCUGGGCCAUCGCCCAGCUCGGGUGGGUCGCCGGCCCGGUCGUCAUGAUCCUCUUCUCUUUCGUCAUAUAUUACACUUCUUCUCUACUCUCCGACUGCUAUCGCUCCGGCGAUCCCAUCUCCGGCAAGCGUAACUACACCUACACCGAUGCUGUCACGGCUUACCUUGGUGGGUUGAAGGUUAACAUAUGUGGUUUUAUUCAGUACGCGAAUCUCUUCGGCGUGGCCAUUGGCUACACCAUUGCUUCCUCAAUUAGCAUGACGGCAAUUCGGAGAUCGAAUUGUUUUCAUCAGAAAGGUCAAAAUAGCCCCUGUCACAUCUCUAGCAACCCUUAUAUGAUCAUCUUCGGAGUUAUAGAAAUCAUUUUCUCACAAAUUCCUGACUUUGACCAAAUUUGGUGGCUCUCCAUUGUCGCCGCCGUCAUGUCUUUCACUUACUCCUGCAUCGGCCUUGCCCUCGGCAUAGUUCAAGUUGUUGCAAAUGGCGGAAUCAAGGGGAGCUUGACUGGAAUCAGCAUCGGUGCAGUCACCGAAACCCAGAAGAUUUGGCGCAGCCUGCAAGCUUUCGGCGACAUUGCGUUCGCUUAUUCCUACUCCAUGAUUCUCAUCGAAAUCCAGGAUACAAUUAAGUCCCCGCCCCCAUCCGAAGCAAAGGUAAUGAAAAAGGCGACUCUUUUAAGCGUCGCAGUAACGACAGUUUUCUAUUUGCUCUGCGGUUGCCUUGGCUACGCCGCCUUCGGCGACUCAGCUCCCGGAAACCUACUCACCGGCUUCGGCUUCUACAACCCUUUCUGGCUUCUCGACAUCGCCAACGCCGCCAUUGUCAUCCACCUCGUCGGCGCCUACCAAGUCUACUGCCAGCCUCUGUUCGCCUUCAUCGAGAAAUGGGCGACAAGAAAAUGGCCGCAUUCAGAAUUCAUUUCCAGAGAUAUCAAUAUCUGCAGGUCAUAUAAACUCAACCUCUUCCGACUGGUUUGGCGCACGGCGUUCGUGGUGGUUACUACGGUAAUCUCAAUGCUUCUUCCCUUCUUCAAUGACAUCGUUGGCCUUCUUGGCGCAGUUGGGUUCUGGCCUCUUACUGUUUAUUUCCCGGUGGAGAUGUAUAUAGUUCAGAAGAAGGUAGCUAAAUGGAGCACUAGGUGGGUUUGUCUGCAGAUGCUUAGCUUUGCCUGCCUCGUCGUCUCGUUGGCAGCAGCUGUUGGUUCCAUAGCAGGCGUUGUCUCUGAUCUUAAGGUCUUUCGACCGUUUAAAUCUAGCUACUGACAUUAGAUAAUGGAAAGCUGAGCUCUGUUUUUAUUUGUUGGAUUUCUGUUACUUAGCACUUGUUUUAUUGACCUGCUGCUUGUAAUGGAUGGAAAGUUCAUCUAAGAGAAGGAAUGGGAUUAAAAUUUUGAGAAGAUGAGUGCCUGUUGCCAAAUGGUUUAGGGCUUUUGGGAUGCCGAGAGUUUCAUGGAAGAAUCUGAAUGGUUUGGGUUUUAGAAUUUCGGCUAAAUAGAGUGGG